AUGGACAUGCAAUUCACAUUUGUCCAUGCUGGGUGGGAAGGCAGUGCGAAUGACACAAGGGUUUUCGAGGAAGCGAAUAGUGAAAGGAAGCAUGGAUUCCCAUGGCCACCAACAGGGUCGCACUACUUGAUAGAUUCGGGUCUACCAAUUGGCACUAGUUUUCUCCCCCCUCACAAGUCAACUAGGUACCAUGCACAAGAAUUUCGCUCGACCGGUAGACGGAUAACAUCAAAGAAAGAGUUAUACAACUACAGGCACUUAUCCUUGCAGAUGGUUAUUGAGCGGUCUUUUGAAGUGAUAAAGGCCCAUUUCCCCAUUCUGAAUUUAAUGCCAAACUUCAAGCCAAUUAGGCAAGGUUACGUGAUUGUUGUGUGCUGUGCUCUACACAAUUUCAAACACAUGAACAAUCGGAGUGAUGAAUUGUUCAAAACAAUAGGGGAGAGUGAUCGCGAAAGUAGUGCAACCAAUAGCGAAGGUAGUGACGAUGGCAAAGGCAGUGGCGAUGCUAGAGCAUCAACAAGCUCAGCGACCCAAAGGCAUGUACUAGAAAUGUCAAGUGCAUCGAAGAGAGUGAUGGGCCAAUUUAGGGACAAUAUCACUGACACAAUGUGGGAUGAUUAUGUUGCCCGUGGUAAUGUGAGAUGA